AUGCCCAGCUGGCCUUGGGGGCUGCUGUUGAUCGCCGGCAUGCUCUUGGCCUUGAGCGCCGGGCCGCCGGCUCCAGGCGACCCCUGCCAUGACGAGGGUGGAGCCCCCCGCGGCUGCGUGCCUGGUUUGGUGAACGCCGCCCUGGGCCGAGACGUGCUGGCAUCCAGCACGUGCGGGCGGCCGGCCACGCGGGCCUGCGACGCCUCGGACCCGCGCAGGGCACACCCAGCCGCCCUCCUGACCGCGGCAGGGGGCACGGCGGGACCCCUGUGCUGGCGCUCUGAUUCGCUGGUGCGCGCGCCCCUCAACGUGACCCUCACGGUACCCCUGGGCAAGGCUUUUGAGCUAGUCUUCGUGAGCCUGCGCUUCUGCUCGCAGCCCCCAGCCUCGGUGGCCCUGCUCAAGUCACAGGACCACGGCCGCAGCUGGGCGCCACUCGGCUUCUUCUCUUCGCGCUGCGCCCUGGACUACGGCCGCCUACCCAGACCUUCCACUGGCCCCGCCGGCCCCGGACCUGAGGCCUUGUGCUUCCCGCCGCCCCAGGCCCAGCCCGAUGGCAGCGGCCUCCUGGCCUUCAGUGUGCAGGACGGCAGCCCGCCAGGCCUAGACUUGGACAACAGCCCUGUGCUCCAGGACUGGGUGACCGCCACAGACAUCCGAGUGGUGCUCACCAGACCCACCAUGCUGCUGGGGGACGCCCGGGACACGGAAGCAGUGGCCCCUUAUACCUACUCAGCUACAGAGCUGCAGGUGGGCGGGCGUUGCAAGUGUAAUGGUCACGCCUCGCAGUGCCUGCUGGACGCCCAGGGCCACCUGGUCUGUGACUGCCGCCACGGCACCGAGGGUCCAGACUGCAGCCGCUGCAAGCCCUUUUACUGCGACAGGCCAUGGCAGAGGGCUACUACCAGGGACGCCCAUGCCUGCCUCGCCUGUUCCUGCAAUGGCCACGCCCGCCGCUGCCGCUUCAAUAUGGAGUUGUACCGCCUGUCAGGCCGUCGAAGUGGGGGCGUCUGCCUCAACUGCCGACACAACACUGCAGGCCGCCACUGCCAUUACUGCAGGGAGGGCUUCUACCGGGACCCUGGCCAAGCCCUGAGUGACCGACGUGCUUGCAGGGCCUGUGACUGUCAUCCAGUUGGGGCUGCAGGCAAAACCUGCAACCAGACCACAGGCCAGUGUCCGUGCAAGGAUGGUGUAACAGGUCUCACCUGCAACCGAUGCGCCCUGGGCUUCCAGCAGAGCCGAUCUCCUGUGGCACCCUGUGUCAAGACCCCUGUUCCCGGGCCCACUGAAGAGAGCAGUCCUGUGGAGCCCCGGGACUGCAAUGCCCACUGCAAACCAGCCCGGGGCAACUACCGUAUCAGCUUGAAGAAGUUUUGCCGGAAGGACUAUGCGGUGCAGUUAGUGGUGAGCGCGCGCGGCGAGGCACGCGGCGCGUGGACGCGCUUCCCGGUGGCAGUGCUUGCAGUGUUCCGGAGCGGGGAGGAGCGCUCGCGGCGCGGAAGCAGCGCGCUGUGGGUGCCUGCGCAGGACGCGGCCUGCGGCUGCCCACGCCUUCUACCCGGCCGCCGCUACCUGCUGCUGGGAGGCGGACCCGGGGCCGCGGCCGGGGGCGCUGGGGGCCGGGGCCCGGGGCUCAGCGCUGCCCGCGGGAGCCUCGUGCUGCCCUGGAGGGAUACAUGGACGCGGCGCCUGCGGAGACUGCAGCGACGCGAGCGGCGAGGGCGCUGCGGAGCGGCCUGA